AUGUCCAACAUCGACCACACCCCUCUCACCGCCGCCUCCCCGGAGCGCCGGAACUCGCUCGAGAAGCACUUACAGACCCGUCCGGACAAGCAGGACCUCAAGGACCGCCAUAUCCUGCUCGACACGGAAGUCGCACCAUCGCUCCAAGCCACACGCCAGGACUUGGACCGCCAACGCGUCACGGACAGUCUGAAGCGGAAUCUGGAGAAGCGACCGGAACGCGAGGAGCUGAUCGAGCGAAACAUCCUCCCCGCGUCUACCGCCGCGCCUGGCCUGCAAGCCAACGCCCGCGAGCUCGAGAAGAACAUGCUCGCCGAUAGUCUCGAGCACAAGAUUCAGAACCGCCCACAGCCCGAAGAUCUGAUUUCCCAAGGGAUCCUAUCGGAGGAAGAGGACCCGCGCUCGGCUUAA